UUCGUCCAAGGCGCCUGUGGUCGCGAUGGGAAUAUGUGGGGAGCCCGGUUUUCGGGGAUUUAUAAUCGCAACGACAGUUCAGAUCGUCUUCCUCCAAAUCUUCGGGGCCAUAGUUAACGCGCUGAGCCUAUGGUGUCUAUGGAAAUGCCACAGAACUUGCUGCGCCAUAAAACUCCAGCUUGCUCUGGUCUUCAUCCUGCUGUUCCUGUCAGCUACGGUGAUCCUCCCGGGCAAAGGAUGGAUUAACUACCUUGACUUCCACUGUCUCGGUGAAAAGAUCGAAGACUCUACGACCAUCUUUUUCCUUUUCGCGUCCGGGUUCAUUCUGCAGUUGGAGAGGAUGAAUAUAAGCAGCGUGGCCAUUUACAGGUUUAUUGCAGUCAAGUUUCCUCAGCUCUAUAAACGGAUGACUCAGGUGAAGGUGGUUGCAGUGUUGGAGGUCAUAGUCUUUAUUUACAUUUCUAUUCCCUAUCUCAUAGGAUUUACACAGCCAAUGACUGUGGCCAGAUUCGAAGAUGGGAACCAUUACGUUAAGUUCGGGCAAGGAAAUUCUACUGUUGCCAAGGUUGUUUUUAGGAUUUAUUCUUACAAUUUCCUGAUCCCAUUCCUGAUAACGUUGACAGCUUAUUCACUGAUGGCUAUAAUUCUCUACCAGAAAUUCAAAACCAAGACCUUAGGGCAAACAGACCACGUGACCUUCACAAUACAACUGAUCAUCCUGAUCGAUCUUGUGCUGGACGCCCCCCAUGCCAUCGCUCACUUCACGAGAGCCGAGCGUUCCAACAUGACGAUCGUCCACAUGGUUUUCCACAUGCACCUGAUAAUUGACCCUCUCAUCUUCCUCUUCUUGAAUCCACACAACAGGCGGGUCGUCGUGGAAACUGCGAGAGGCUCACUUCCUCAAAGGUUCGCUGCUUACUUGCCACCAGCUACGACAAGUACCAACACCGGUACUCCUCCGAAGGACAGUCAUCCGAUGCUGAAUUCACCCACGCCCCACACCCGCCGGCAAGUACGAAAUAAAUAG